GGGUGACCUGACCGUCUCCUGUUACGUCACAGUGUUUCCGGUCUGUUCCAGGAUCAGCUGAUCGUCACUUUUCUCACUUUGCUCAAACUUGUAAACACUGCAGCUUCCGGGAUGCACGCGCUGCGGAGGUUCCACCUGUGGGGGUUUCGAACCCGGAGACAUUUCCACUUGACAGCCCCUGCAUUGACCUUUGACCUGAGAAAAGUUGAACUGACGCCUCUGGAGCAGCGAAAGCUCACGUUCGAUUCCCACACCAUGGUGACAGAGCUGGAGCAGAGCGGUUUUGAGAAGCGUCAGGCCGAGCUGAUCGUCUCCGCGCUGGUGACCCUGACCACGGCCAACAUCGACAUCGUGUACAGAGACAUGGUGACCAAGUCCCACCAGGAAAUCGCUCUGCAGCAGAUUGUGGCUCAUCUGGACUCCAUCAGGAAGGACAUGGUGAUCCUGGAGAAGAGCGAGUUCGCCAACCUGCGCUCUGAAAACAUGAAAAUGAAGCGCGAGCUGGAGCAGCUGUGGAACCGACUGAAGGAGGAGACGCUGAGAGUCCGAGCUGAAACCAAACUGGACAUCAACCUGGAGAGCAGCAGGAUGUCUGACAUGUUCACUGAACAGGAGAAGAAACUGAUGGAGACGACGUCAGAGUUCCACCACAAGAAAGUUGACCUGGAAAACGACAACAUGGAGAUCAACAAGAAGAUCGACCUGCAGGUGGCGUCACUCAAAACUCUGCUGGAGUCUCUGAAGCUGGAGACGGUCACCUACCUGGCAGCGACCGUGUUCUCGUGUCUCGCCCUCGCGCUCGGCUUUUACAGACUGUGGAGGUGAAGACCUGGAGCUGGUUUAAUAAAGUGAAAGUACGCAAGCACUCUCAGCUUCAUGUACUUUUAUUUAUAGUGAAGUAUUUUUUCACAAUAUUUUUUAUUAAAUGUACAUCACUAUUUUUUAGAGGAAAAUGAUUUGCAUUUCUUUUAGCUAGAUUAGACUCUGAAUUUACUCUUUGGCAAAGACAAGGCAUUUACAGAUUUAAAGAUAUGUAUAUAAACAGUAUUUUUGCCAGCUUUGAUAACUUAUCACAUAAAUGUGGCCUCCCUCGGUC